AUGCUGGCAACUUCUUUUGACAAAAAUCUUUCUCAAAGAAUCAGCCAUCGUUUUGUAGGACUUCCAUUCAACCAAUAUGCUGACAUGUCAAAAUUUAUACAUUCUAUACCAGUUUUAUUAGAUCAGUCAUGUGAAGCUUUUGCCAUUUAUAUUAAAAGUCCUGAUGAAAUUUUCCAAUAUCAGUUUACUCCAGUAGGCGUUUCUAAUUCAUGUAAAACUGCCACUGAGAACCCAAACAAAGAUUCAUGCGCAAAUAAAGGAGAAGGAAAACCAUUUGAGAAUACUACGGAAGAUUUGGAAAAUUUGAUGAAAAUUGUCACUGAUAUCUUUGGUCUUCAUUUAUUUCAAGCACAACAUACUGUAGAAAUGCUGGAAUCAGCAUUUGAUCCAAAUUAUAAAAAAAAUCUUCAAGGAUUAUUAUUUUUUGCAAAAAUGCAAUCUGUUGUUUCCAAUAAUACCAUUAAUGGACUUCCAUUCAACCAAUAUGCUGACAUGUCAAAAUUUAUACAUUCUAUACCAGUUUUAUUAGAUCAGUCAUGUGAAGCUUUUGCCAUUUAUAUUAAAAGUCCUGAUGAAAUUUUCCAAUAUCAGUUUACUCCAGUAGGCGUUUCUAAUUCAUGUAAAACUGCCACUGAGAACCCAAACAAAGAUUCAUGCGCAAAUAAAGGAGAAGGAAAACCAUUUGAGAAUACUACGGAAGAUUUGGAAAAUUUGAUGAAAAUUGUCACUGAUAUCUUUGGAGAUAAAAAUAUAUUGAAUAAGAUUCUAGAGAUGCAAUCAAAGGAACAAAAAAAUGGUGCUAAGAAAAGUGCCAAUUUUGCAGAGAUUAAAAGAAACAUCAAUGAUAAAGAGAAUGUUACCAUUGUAACUGAUCAUAAAGUGAGUGACAAAAUGGAAAUCAGUCCUGAAGAAAAAAUAUUAAUUGAUAUGGAAAAAAUUUAA